AUCCUUUAAAUUCAAGAAUAUUACUAAAUAAUAUUCUAAACCCCCAAAUUCAAAUAAUAAAAAAUCUCCAUUGAUUUCGUCGAUUGUCCCUCUACUCUCUGCUUGGUGCUUUCCCGUCGAUACUCCAAUCGCUGAGCUUGAGGAGCGGAGGAGCUUCGCCAUCCAUGGGUUAGGAUCUCUUCGGAUCUGGAGGUUGUUGCGGUGGUAGAGGAGAGUUAGGAGGGCCGACGACGAUGAACAAUGAGUGGGGAUGAAGCUUUGCGGCGAUGAGAUCUUGGAAUCAUGCCCCUGGUCUCUUCGAGAACGACGAUUCCCCUCCCCAACCUUCGAUUCCCCUCCCCACGACCUUCGGUUCCUCUCAGAUUCACCGGGUAAAGGUAGCAUUCAGGGACUUUGUACAGGACAAGCUCGACGCCAUUGCUUCGCCACCGCGCCCGUGUUCCCAGUGACGGCGCUGAACUCCGCCAGCACCACCGUCCCCCUAGCAACCACCGCGUAGAGAAUCGCCAUUCUAGUCCUCUAUCUCUCUCUCCUCUGAAUCAAAACUUCCGCUCCCUUCGCGCGUCUUCGCUUUGAACUAAUUCAUAGGAGGUGGCACGGAUUCCAGUUCCCAAUUGGAAAUUGGGAUUUAUAAGUUUUGUUUGUUGAAUUGGAAUCGGGAUUAGGAAUUUAAGCUUACAAAUAAUGGAGUACCGGCAGGCCAACAAAAGCUUACGGCCAGCGGGAAGGGGUUAAGGGAACAGAGCAGGACAGCGAAGCAAUGUCACCGGCUAGUCGCCUAGUCCACCCUCAGGGUUAAAGGUACCUACAGAUCUGGAAGAGAGAGGUGCCUGCAGAGAAGAGAUCUUGUCUUGUGGCUGGAAACUGAGAGGCAGGCGGUUGGCGACUGGAACUCGACCCUCCAGCUUCCCUGCCGACAAGCAAGCAACCCGGAACCUACCUCAUCCCCUCCUCUGCUCCACCAUGGUUGCGCUGCAGAUCUGGCCGGCGGGGGGAGAGCAAUGAGGGAGAUGAAGUUUUUUAUUUUUAUUGUUGGUGUUUUAUAAUUAUGUUUUUGUAAGAUUGUUUAAUUUUAUAUUUGGCAAAAAAAAAGAUUGUUUAAUUUUAUUGUUUUUUAUUUUUAUUUUUUUAUUAAAUGAAUUAAAAUUCCACGGCAUGUGCCACAUCAAUGCUGACUGGACUUUCUGUUAAAAACUAACGGUCAAAACGAGUCAAAUUUAACAGAAAAAUAGUUCAUGACAUAAAUGGAAUAUUGAAUAAAUCGGGAUACAAGUGGCAUUUUUGCGAUAGUUCGGGUGUUGUAGUGGUAUUAGCCCUAAAAUAAAUGCAAGAAUUUCAAUUAUUAAGAAGAAAUUUGAUGUAUUAGAAAAGAAGCAAAAAUAAGUUAAUCUGCAUUCGUUACUAAACAACAAAACUAAACGGAAUGAUUACAUUUACGCAUGAUGGGCCAACAUCCAACUUUUUAAGUUGCUAUUUGGUGUGUGCACUCGAUCCCGAGGACAAGGGUUCGAAACUGGGCCACCACAAUUUUUGUGAUUGUCGUUUUUAGUUCAGAGACGGGGGAGGGUAUUUUCAUAACUUCCCAAAAACGCGGUGGCAAGGCCGCGUAAAUAGUUAGAAACCCUAGGGGUAAUUAAGUCAUUUUAAUGAGCAGGGUAUAUAUUCAUCUUUAGAAACCCUAAACCGGCCGAAUGGCCGCCUCUGGUAAGCCUUCUUUGACAUGCAAGUUUAUUUUUAGUUCGAUCCUGAGGUUUUCGUAUUGGAUUUUUAUAUUUUUCACUCUCCUUUUCGUGUUUUCGGCUUAGGAAUUUGAAAAAGGCGAGGGCCAACUGUACCGUUGUUGAGGCAGCAACAUUCACGCGACAAGAGACUCAAUCCGGGACUCUUCUGUCCCUUCUCUCGGUAAGUUUGAUCAAAGGGGUUUUGGUUAGAUUUUUUGGCUAAUUUCUUCGGGAUCGAAAUCUAACACUGCUGAUUUGGUUGGAAUGUAGGUUAGGGGAGAUCUAGGUGAUGUUCUCUCAUCUCAUGACUUUGUAUGAUUAAAAGGUAAAAAUUGAA